GCUGCUGAGAAGAAGAUGUCCUUGCAGGCGCAUCUGCACACAGAAAGCACACAGGAAACGCUAUUUCCCCACUUCCCGCUAUACAAAGGUGAGGAACUCUCAUUGUUCACUUGGUUUCUGUCCCACCUCGUGUUUAAGGCAUCCGGUCUCAAAGCCCGGAUGAGCGCCAAGGUGGAAGGGGAUGGGGAGAAGGGAAACGACGGGGUAGCAGCAAACUCACGGGUGAAAGGGAAAUGGGCCCGGUCCGUGAGUCCGACCUGCACUUGACGCUGCGCCGGCUCCCGCGCCUGUCUGCAGCAGCCCCCGCCUGCGGGCUCCCAGCUCCCUACUCUAGCCAGCAGCAGCUUCGGGCCGGAGGCUGCGGGAGGAGGCCUUUCCCUUCGCCCCACUGAUUGGCCGCGCCGCCCGGCUCGUCACGCUCUCACGCUCUUUGUUUCAAUGGGCAGAGACUGAAAGCAACCGCGGCUGCCCGGAGGGCCGAACUGGAGGGUGGGCGCAGCCGUGGCUGCCUUGGGAACCGCGCUGCCUCGACUCAGCUACCCCUCGCUGGGCGGUCCUGCGAAGCACUCGCUGGGUCGGGCAGACCCGGGUCGUUUAGCGGCCGAGGAGGCGCCAGCGAUCCUCUGCCCCUGCAGAGCUACGGGAACCGGAAGGCGUUGAAACAGAGCUGUCGACGCGGGAGCACAACAGGCUGCCCACCAGGGAAGCGCAGAUGUGAAACAUGAAACUUCAGAAACUAUUUCAAACAACAAAAUACUACGUAUUUUAAUGCAAUGACAAGACUACAACAUAUUUUGGUGCAUUGGCUGGGAAAGAAAGGGAUUCAUCUAAAGGAUCCCCUGCCAGGACGUCUCAAAGGUGGAAUACAGGAAGCCAGGCUAUAAGAAAGACCAUUAAUGAUGUCAGUUUCCCAGGGCACAAAGCAUGAGGAAAAGUAUGGAGAAGGAUGAAGAACAAAAGUGGAAAAGCAAUAGAGAAAUAGAAGACAAACCCCUGGAGCUGAUUGGUGCUGCAGUGCAUCCUUCCAACUUGGAAGAGAAAUGGUGUUCCAACGUUCACUAAACGUGUGAUGAUUUCAGCAGUUAUGAGAUCCUGACUACAGAAGAAGAUGGAGUUUCGCUCUUGUUACCCAGGCUAGAGUGCAAUGGCGUGUUCUCGGCUCACCGCAACCUCCACCUCCUGGGUUCAGGCAAUUCUCCUGCCUCAGCCUCCUGAGUAGCUGGGAUUACAGGCACGCGCCACCAUGCCCAGCUAAUUUUUUGUAGUUUUAGUAGAGAUGGGGUUUCACUAUGUUGACCAGGAUGGUCUCCAUCUCUUGACCUCGUGAUCCACCCGCCUCGGCCUCCCAAAGUGCUGGGAUUACAGAACCCUAAAAAGAAAGAAUAAAACAACAACAGGAAAAAAGGAAAAUAUUUAAGUUGUGACAAAACAAACCCACUGGGUUCUCUUGGGUACAAACUCCUUCCCUUCUGGUGCCGCAAAAAUGAGUGGGAAAUCCCUGCUCUUAAAGGUCAUUCUCUUGGGUGAUGGUGGAGUUGGGAAAAGUUCGCUUAUGAACCGUUAUGUAACCAACAAAUUUGACUCCCAGGCUUUUCACACCAUAGGGGUAGAGUUCUUAAAUCGAGAUCUGGAAGUAGAUGGACGCUUUGUAACCCUCCAGAUCUGGGACACUGCGGGGCAGGAACGUUUCAAGAGCCUUAGGACACCUUUCUACAGGGGAGCAGACUGCUGCCUCUUGACCUUCAGCGUGGAUGAUCGGCAGAGCUUCGAGAAUCUUGGUAACUGGCAGAAAGAAUUUAUUUACUAUGCAGAUGUGAAGGACCCUGAGCAUUUCCCCUUUGUAGUUCUGGGUAACAAGGUAGACAAAGAGGAUAGGCAAGUGACUACUGAGGAGGCACAAGCCUGGUGCAUGGAGAAUGGGGAUUACCCUUAUCUAGAAACUAGUGCCAAAGAUGAUACUAAUGUGACAGUGGCCUUUGAAGAAGCUGUCAGGCAGGUGUUGGCUGUAGAGGAACAGUUGGAGCAUUGCAUGUUGGGUCACACCAUUGACUUGAACAGUGGCUCCAAAGCAGGGUCUUCAUGCUGUUAAAGAUAGGGAGCCUUUUAAAAACAUGCCCCAAAUUGGUCAGGCAGUAGUGUCGGAAUAACUGUGCCCCUCUAAGAGUGCACACACACACACACACACACACACAAGAGGGUAAGAGAUAAGGUUCUAAUUGUGAAACAGAGCCUUCCAAAUUGAAUUGUAGAGCAAUUCAAAAAAAAAAAAAAAGCUUUAUCAAGCCAGUGUAUUUUGCGUGAUUUCUGCUAUCUUGUGUGUCUCAGGACAUAUCAGAAAGUUUUAGUCCUGAGAGAGUUAAGUAUUUUUUAAAUCACAGUUUAAACCUAGAACCCAGCCGCAUGAAGGAGUUAAAGAGCUACAGCUAUUUCUUAAGUGUGUUCCAUUAAUCAACUAAUAAAUGUCACUAUCAGACUUGCCAAGCAGUUUCUGACAUUUCUGCCAAAGGGAAAAAAAAUCAGACUUUGAGUCGUAUUAUAAUAAAAUAAUAAUGCGAACAAGGAUUCCUAGGCUUGAAGUAUAAGGAGGCUGUAGUGAUUAGGAAUGCAAAAGUAUAAUGAUGUACACUGACUUGUUUAAAUUCUUAUGUAUGGUUUGCUCCCAUCUGAGCUUUUAAAAAAAAUACUAUCUCAAUAAGAGAUACUUUAAUGACACUGGCAAUUGAUUAUACUUCUUGUGUUUGAAGUCAUAGGAUACUAGUGAAUGGAUUAUGCUUAAAUAUGCCAACCACCUUUGCAAAUAAAUGGUUGGUCUGCUUUUACUUCCUAAAUCUACUUUUGCUGCAUAGAGAUGUUGCUUCUCUGACAACCUCUUACCAAUUUAGCAAUGCUGCUUAGCAUAUGAUUUUGGAUGCAGUUCUCUCUGCUCAUAAUUUAGAUGGUCCUUCGAUCCACCAUGCUGGGCUCAUGGAGAAGGCUUCAGAAAACAUUGGGGGAUAAUGAACGUUUCUCACAAGAUUCCUUAACUCAAAUAUUUAUUGAGGGAGAAGAAACUGGUUUCUUGUAUGUUGCACUGUAUGUUCAACUGGCCUAAUCAGGACAUUGAAAGUGACAGAAGAGCAGAUUUUAACCCAGUGUUAGAAUGAAUUUCCCAUAAUCAGAGUUGUCCAACAGUGGAAUGGACUGCCUUAAUAGUGAGCUCCCUGCUUCUGAAAAUAUUCACUGGAUCACCAUCUGUUAGAAUACCAUAAAAAGAUUUUCUGUACUGGCUACAUGUUCAGUAUAAAGUCCUUUCUGGCUCUAAGUUCUAUGAAUCUAUAAACUACGUCAGUGCCAGGCUGUAGUUAGAUUCAUCUGAUGAUAACCGGUAAGACUAUGGAGAGGGAUGUUAAAACUUCUCAAGCCAUUCUGUGAUCAAUCUUUAAUGGCAACCUCGUAGCUCUUCCUUUUGCUUUUGCACUGUGGCAGGAAAAAUUCUUGAGCUCUGAGUAAUCUUUAUGUGCCCUAAUAAAAACAUUUUAAAGAUCCCAUAUUACAAUAUAAAAAUGGUUUGACAAUUUUGGUUAGCAUGACUUCCAGUUAUAUACUCUAUUAUGAAUAUGCAGUCUGGCUCUUGUUGGUUUAUCUGUUUGUCCUGCAUAAAUUUUAAUUUGUACUUUAAAGCAUCUAUGAUAAAAAUAGUGACAGACAGAAAUUACCCCAAAAAAAGACCUAGGCCAGGAAGUGGGUGGGAGCUUUCAUAGGAAUACAGCCUAGAACUCUCCAUUGCAGCCACAUAUGGAAUCAGCCUUACUUACAUGUAGGACUUUUGUGCUUUAAGAGCUCUGGGACAUUUUGACCAAAUAGAAAAGAAGAGGACGGUAUUUAACCCAGUCGUACUCAAUAUUUCCAAUUAAGAUAUAAUCCUGACCCCAGUGUUCAAUUAACUUGGAUGUCAGAAGUCAAAGCCAGAACUGGGACCCCACAGCUCUUAAGUACUUGUCCCUAUCCUGCCUAUGCCUAUAGCCAGCCACACUGGUUUCCAAGUUCUAUGAUCAUUUUGCUACAAUCAUGUUAGGGUGAAAAUCUGUAAGUUCAGAACUGUUAAAUGUUAAUUAUUUUUAAGUGCAUGAGACCUGGGGCCUUCUCUUUCUACUUGCACUCUGCUUAUAAUAGUUUCUAUUUGUAGAUCUCAGGCCUUCAUCAUAAUGACCUCCAUCAACUCACAAAAGUACUUGUCUCUAUUAGAGUGGCAUGUGGUCAUUUGAGUAAAAAUAAAUUAUGUGGGUAUGAGAUUCUUAGGCAUCCUGUCCAUCUAAGACAAGUGUUAAUUUUAUUGACCUAUCAACUGGAGCCCCUUUCCUCUUAGUCAUACCAUUGCUUUCUGCCAAAUUACCACUCAAUAUCUUAAUGAAAGCACUUAACAUUAAGUGACAUAAACAGUGGCAUUUUGGUAAGCAGCAUUCCAUGGGGUGCUGACACAUAGUUUGGGUAAGAUUAAAAAACACCAAAGGCUGAAAUCUGUGAGUACCAAGAACUGUGCAUAUAGGUUUAGAAAUUGACUGUGUACCCUAGAAUGUGCAGUGUAAUAUUUUCAAUAGGUGUUUUUUUAAAGAACACUAGAUUUUUUGGAAUAAUAUAUUUCUAAUUAGGACUAUACUGUUUUUCAAUGGUCUGUUAAAAUAUCAUACAGAAUAUUUAUUUAGUUUGUUGUCAUGUAUUGGCUAACUUUUCAGGGGCCUCAGAUUCCAUAUGUCUUCAGUGGAUUGAUCAAUUUCAGGUUAAUUUGUGCCUGCCCCAGCCAUCUCUACUUUACCCUGAGGUAUUCCACAAUCCUCUUGUUGCAGGUGCUGCUAAAAAAAAACAAAAACAAAAACAAAAAAAACAAACAGAAAAAAAAACCUCAAAAUUGUGUAUCAAAUAUUUUCUUUCAACUGUAAAAAAAUCAUCUGUGUUAAAGCGAAUAAAAAGUGCAUUUUGAACAUCCAA